AUGGCAAGGGCAAACAAUAAAAGAAAAUGUUUUACAUGUGAUAGAGAAAACAAUACAUAUCUUUGUGAAGGUUGUUCAAAAAGAUUUUGUUCUAGACAUAUACCAGAACAUCAACAAAAACUAAAUGAAGAAUUACAUCAUACUAUUAAUGAUUAUAAUGAAUUCAAAGAAAGAAUUAAUGAACAAAAACAAAAUCCUGAAAAUCAUUUAUUAAUAAAACAAAUUGAUCAAUGGGAAAUAAGUUCAAUUGAAACCAUUCAACAAAAAGCAAAAGAUUGCAGAGAAGUUGUCAUUCAGUCAUUACAUACAUGUAUUAUAGAUAUUGAAAUAAAAUUUAAUGAUUUAAAUGAACAAAUACAACACCUUCAAAAAGCAAAUGACUUCAAUGAAAUUAAUUUAAAUUAUUUAGCAAAUCAAUUAAAGGAAAUUACAGAACAAUUAAAUAAUCCAUCAAAUAUCUCUAUUCAACAAAAUUCACAAUCAUUAAUUAAUGAUAUUUCUAUUAUUUUAUCAAAAAAAUCAAAAUUCAAUAAAUGGAAACAAAAUCCCAUAAUCGUAGCUGGUGGAAAUAAAGAAGGACACAACUUAAAUCAACUCAAUCGCCCUGCUGGAAUCUUUAUUGAUAAAAAGAAAACGAUUUUCAUCGCUGAUUGCUAUAAUGAUCGUGUUGUUGAAUGGAAAUGUAAUGCAAAAGAAGGACAAAUUAUUGCAGGUGGAGAUGCGGAAGGAAAUCGAAUGGAUCAAUUGAAUUGCCCAAUAGAUUUGAUUAUUGAUCAACAAAGUCAUUCGAUCAUCAUUGCUGAUUGUGAUAACAGACGAGUGAUUCAAUGGUUGAACCAAAAUCAGCAAAUUCUCAUCGAUAAUAUUGACUGUUGCAGCUUGGCAAUGGAUACACAUGGAUUUCUUUAUGUUUCUAAUCAAGAGAAGAAUGAAGUGAGACGAUGGAAUAUAGGAGAAUACAACAAUGAAGGAGUUAAGGUGGCAGGUGGAAAUGGAUCAGGAAACCAACUCAAUCAGCUCAAUUGUCCAAGUUUUAUCUUUGUUGAUGAAGAUCAAACUGUUUAUGUAUCAGAUCGAAACAACCAACGUGUGAUGAAAUGGAGAAAAGAUGCACAAGAAGGAACAAUUGUGGCUGGAGGAAAUGGUGAAGGAGAAAGUCUUAAUCAAUUGUCUGGUCCUGAAGGAAUCAUUGUUGAUCGUUGGGGUCAAAUAUAUGUGGCAGAUAGUGAUAAUCAUCGAAUAAUACGUUGGUGUGAAGGAAAAGAAGAAGGUGAAGUUGUCGUUGGUGGAAAUGGUGAAGAAAAUCAAUUGAAUGAUCCCGCAGGCUUAUCUUUUGAUGAUGAAGGAAAUCUUUAUGUUGCUGAUUUUCGGAAUCAUCGAAUUGAAAAAUUUGAAAUAAUUUUGUAA